CAAAGUGAGACUCUGUCUCAAAAAAAAAGAAAAAGAAAAAGAAAAAAGAAAAGAAAACUGAGGCUUGGAGAAGGAAAGGGCCUUGCUCAAGGACAUCCAUCAAGUCUAUGAUGGGGUCAGGAUGGAAACCCAGUUUUUGAACUCCUAUGCCAGGGUUUUUUCCAGCACCCACAUCCAGGGCUGCUCUCCCACAUAGCACACCUUCACUGGGCCCUGUCUAGGAACCCACUGGUACCCACAGGUACACCUGGGGUUCCUACUCAUGUCCCUCACCAGCCCACCCAGCUCACGGCGCCCAGGCCCAAAGGAGGAAUUGGGGCCUGGAGAGGGUGGAGGUGUGGUGGCCCACUACUCUGGGCAGCCCUGGGAGCCAGGGUGGCUGGGGGCCACAGAGAGGGCAAGGAUAGACCCUCUGAACUUUGGCAGGAGUUGAGGUAUGAAGGGAGGAUGUAUGUAUUUGUAUGUGUGUGGGGGGGUGGUUAUUCAUGCCAAGCCCAUGCUCCCAUCCCCCUCAGACUCCUGAGUCACUUGCCCCUAAGGUUGAGGCACAUUCUUGAAGGGAGUGGUCACAGGGGUUACAGGGCCCUUUUAGCCCCUAGGCCAGUUUCUAUUCCUCCUGGGACUGAAACCAGCUCCCCCUCAGACUCAACACCUCCCCACCAACUAAUAUAGUGACAUUCUCCUCUAAUUGCUGCCGGGGGAACUCCUAAGACCAGACCUGGGUUUGGUGGGGAGGGCAGGUCUGGGUCCCAAAUCUCAGGGAGGGAUUCCUUGUAUUCAGUGAGGUGUUUGACCUACAUUCAUAUGAGCCUGACUGGAUCUCCCUUCCCGGUCCUGUGGUGCUCCCCACCCCCAUCCCUCAGGGCCAAUCCGCGGUGGGCCAGGGCAAGGCAGAGGAUCAAGGACCCCUCCCUGCCAUCUCCCCAUCUUGGCGCCCAGGCAGGUCGGCUGGGGAAAAACAGCCGCUCGGCCUAAGGGAGCAGCCUCAGAAAUCCUGUCCGUGGGGAGCAGCGCCCUCGUGUGGCCUCCAGGAGAAGCAGGGCUCCUUUCCCAGCCCGGUCCUUUGAAUGCGCUCAUUGAACAAAUAUUUACUGAGAGCCACUAUGUGCCAGGCGCUGCUCUAGGCUCAGCAGGGAAGACAGGUACCUGCUCCACGGCCUGUAAAUUUCUGUCUAUGUCUCUCUCUCUGGGAAGAGGCAGGCAAUAAAUGAUCAAUAAAUAAAUGAGGAAGAAACUAAAACAGAGAAAUGUGAUGGAGAGUGGCCCAAGAGGGAAACUUAGGACAGGAUGGCAAAGGAAGGUUUCCUUGAGUAGCUAACAUCUGAGAUGAGACCUAGUGACAGGGGUCUAGUCAUGUGAAGAUCUGGGGGAAAAGCUUUCCUUGCACAGGGAACAGCUCCUGCAGAGACACUCAGGCAGGGACAGAUUUUGCAUAGCACAUGGAAAGCCAGUGUGGCUAGAAAGAGUGAGCAAGAGAAGAAUGAGAUAAAGUAAGAGAGGUGAGUUGGGGUCAGACUAUAAAUCUUGCAGACCAUGACAAGGAGUUUGAUUUUUCUUGUAGGAGUACUGGGAAUGUACUGGGUGAAUAUUGAGCAGAAGAGUAAUGCAGCUUGCUGGGCUUUUAAAAGGAUCUGUAUGGCUGCUGUGUGGAGGAUGGACUUUGGGCAAGGGAGGAAGAAUGGAAGCAGGGAGAUUAUUGCAAGACAUUAGAAGGCUAUUGAAAUAAUUUAGUUGAGAAAUGAUGGUGGCUUGGAUCAGGGUAGUUGUGGUGGAGGUGGGAAGAUGUAGUUGGAUUCUGGGUACAUUAUGAAGGUAGAGUCAACAGGGUCAACUGAGUCAACAGUAUUAAUGGACCACAUUCUCCUUUGUUCAUUUAGUUCCAGGAACUCCUACACUCACAUGCCCUAGUUGGCUCCUCCAUCCUCAUUGGGGGGCUGAGUUAGAGGGGCAGACUACAGGGACACAGCUAAAUUGGGGAGUUUCCAAGUGUUGUUAGACAAAAGAAUUUGGGACUCAGACAUUGUGUUCUCCAUGAACAGCCGCUAUUUUCCAUUAUUAGCCCAUAUAAUGGGCAGGGCCUCUCUACCUGCUGUCUCCCUUACCCUGCCUGAUCUCUACAGACUAGUUAUUUACUAGGUCUCUGUUUGUCCAAAUGAGUGUGUGUGUGGCCCCCAGGGUGUGUUGGUGACACUCAAAACAGUCCUGGGUGUUUGGUGUUUGUAUUUGAUACAGGCUAGGGGGCAGCAUAACAUGGGGGUGUCAGCCUUCAGACCUACGCCAGCCAUUUCCUCCUGUUUAUUUACACAAAACACAGUGGGGUCAGACCUGAUCCCAGAGAAAAUGCACACACACACUUUGGCCCCAGGUUAGGCAUUUUUGGAAAGCCUGGAAAAAGCCAGGUUAGCCUUGCAAACGCUCUCAGGCCAGCAGGGGGUGGGGGAGGUAAGGAGGGGAAGUGGGUGACCAGUAGGCUCUGGAGUCAACAGGCCUCACCCUGUUUGCAUUGUGCUGCGGUGGGGGGUGCAUUAUAAAUGUAGACAGCCAGAGGGCUCCUGGCUUCAGAACCUACCACUGCACUGGUUCUGAGCGUCUAUGCAAGCCUCACCAGGAUGAAGCUGCCAGGCCAGAAGGAGUUUGAAGCCCCUAGUGCUCAUGAAAAUGUUCCUGUAGGGGAGCUGGGUAGUGGCCUUGGCCCCAGCCCCAGCACCGAUGGCCCCUCAGACACAGACAGCAGGGAACUGGGGGUACCCAAGGACCCUCUGCUCUUCAUUCAGCUGAAUGAGUUGCUGGGCUGGCCCCAGGCGCUGGAGUGGAGAGAGACAGGCAGGUGGGUCCUAUUUGAGGAGAAGUUGGAGGUGGACGCAGGCCGGUGGAGCGCCCCCCACGUGCCUACGGUGGCCCUGCCCAGCUUCCAGAACCUCCGCAGCCUGCUGGCCGAGGGCCUUGUACUGCUGGACUGUCCAGCUCAGAGCCUCCUGGAGCUCGUGGAGCAGGUGACCAGGGUGGAGUCACUGAGCCCUGAGCUGAGGGGGCAGCUGCAGGCCUUGCUGCUGCAGAGACCCCAGCACUACAUCCAGACCACAGGCACCAGGCUCUGCUGGGGAUCUACCCAUCAAAGAAAGUCUUCUUAUGAUGAGGAAGCUCCCUUGAAGGAACAGCAUCAGAACCCCCUGAGACAGAGGCUGCCUCCAGGGGCUGAGGCAGGGACUGUGCUGGCUGGAGAGCUGGGCUCCCUGGCACAGCCACUAGGGGCCUUUGUUCGACUGCGGGAUCCAGUGGUGCUGGGGCCCCUCACUGAGGUGCCCCUCCCCAGCAGGUUUUUCUGCCUUCUCCUGGGCCCCCCCAUGCUGGCAAAGGGCUACCAUGAGAUGGGCCGGGCGGCAGCUGUCCUCCUCAGUGACCCGCAAUUCCAGUGGUCAGUUCGCCGGGCCGGCAACCUUCACGACCUUCUGGCAGCUUUAGAUACCUUCCUAGAGGAGGUGACAGUGCUCCCUCCAGGUCGGUGGGACCCGACAGCCCGUAUUCCUCCACCCACAUGUCUUCCCUCUCAGCACAAAAGGCUGCUCUCUCAACUGCGCGAAGUCAAGGGCAUCACCGCCCCGCAUGUGACCCGGCCUGAGGACAGGCACCGCCACGGGCUGCAGGCAUCCAGCCCGGAGCUGCAGCGGACCGGCAGGCUGUUUGGGGGCCUUGUCCAGGAUGUGCGCAGGAAGGCCUCGUGGUACCCCAGCGAUUUCCUGGACGCCCUGCACCCCCAAUGCUUCUCGGCUGUGCUCUACAUUUACCUGGCCACCAUCACAAACGCCAUCACUUUUGGUGGUUUGCUGGGAGAUGCCACGAACGGUGCCCAGGGAGUGCUGGAAAGUUUCCUGGGCACAGCGGUGGUUGGAGCUGCCUUCUGCCUAACGGCAGGCCAGCCCCUCACCAUCCUCAGCAGCACAGGGCCAGUGCUGGUCUUUGAACGCCUGCUCUUCUCCUUCAGCAGAGAUUACAGCCUGGACUACCUGCCCUUCCGCCUGUGGGUGGGCAUCUGGGUGGCUACCUUUUGCCUGGUGCUGGUGGCCACAGAAGCCAGUGUGCUGGUGCGCUACUUCACCCGCUUCACUGAGGAAGGUUUCUGUGCCCUCAUCAGCCUCAUCUUCAUCUAUGAUGCCGUGGGCAAAAUGCUGAACUUGGCCCAUGCCUAUCCCAUCCAGAGGCCUGGGUCCCCUGCCUAUGGCUGCCUCUGCCAAUACCCAGGCACAGGAGGAAAUGAGUCUCAAUGGACAAGGACAAAUCCAAAAGACAGAGAUGACAUCUUAAUCAUGGACCUAGGCCUGAUCAAUGCAUCCUUGUUGCCUCCGCCUGAGUGCGCCCGGCGAGGUGGCCUCCCUCGUGGCCCUGGCUGUCAUACAGUCCCAGACAUCGCCUUCUUCUCCCUCCUCCUCUUCCUUACCUCCUUCUUCUUUGCCAUGGCCCUCAAGCAUGUGAAGACCAGCCACUUCUUCCCCUCUGUGGUACGCAAGGUACUCAGCGAUUUCUCCUCAGUCCUGGCCAUCCUGCUGUGCUGUGGCCUUGAUGCCUUCCUGGGCCUAGCCACACCAAAGCUCCUGGUGCCCAGAGAGUUCAAGCCCACACUCCCUGGGCGUGGCUGGCUGGUGUCACCUUUUGGAGCCAACCCCUGGUGGCUGAGUGUGGCAGCUGCCCUACCUGCCCUGCUGCUGUCUAUCCUCAUCUUUAUGGACCAGCAGAUCACAGCAGUCAUCCUCAACCGUGUGGAAUAUAGACUGCGGAAGGGAGCUGGCUUCCAUCUGGAUCUCUUCUGUGUGGCUAUGCUGAUGCUGCUCACAUCAGUGCUUGGGCUGCCCUGGUAUGUCUCAGCCACUGUCAUCUCCCUGGCCCACAUGGAUAGUCUUCGGAGAGAAAGUAGAGCCUGUGUCCCCGGGGAGCCUCCCAGCUUCCUGGGCAUCAGGGAACAGAGGCUGACAGGCCUGGUGGUGUUCAUUCUUACAGGAGUUUCUAUCUUCCUGGCACCUGUACUCAAGUUCAUCCCAAUGCCUGUGCUGUACGGCAUCUUCUUGUACAUGGGGGUGGCAGCACUGAGCAGCAUCCAGUUCAUGAAAAGAGUGCAGCUACUGUUAAUGCCAGCAAAGCAUCAGCCAGACCUGCUGCUCUUACGGCAUGUACCCCUGAGCAGGGUCCACCUCUUCACAGCCAUCCAACUCUCCUGCCUGGGUCUGCUUUGGAUAAUCAAGUCUACCCCUGCAGCCAUCAUCUUCCCCCUCAUGUUGUUGGGCCUGGUGGGGGUCCGAAAGGCACUGGAAUGGGUCUUCUCACCACAGGAACUCCUUUGGCUGGAUGAGCUGAUGCCAGAGGAAGAGAGAAGCAACCCUGAGAAGGUGCUGGAGCUAGAGCACCCAUUCAGUGGAAGUGACAGUGAAGAUUCAGAGCUGAUGUAUCAGCCAAAGGCUCCAGAAAUCAACAUCUCUGUGAAUUAGCUGAAGUAGGAGUCUGGGAGUGGAGAGACCGGGAAACUGAGCAUGAGUUCACAGGUGUUUACUCACGAAGUCAGGACAUUGUUGGCCUUUGGCUUAAGUGCUAGAUGCUCAAUCAGCUGGGGACCCGGAGCAAUGGGGCAAGACUGAAGGGCAGCUGGCCAAGACCUCGGUUACCUCCUGAGCUGGAGUGGAGAGUGGCAAGGAGCAAGUAGGUUAGCUGUGUGCUUAGGAAAGCUGAUGAGCUAGAAGGACUUAUCAGGCCCCAUUCACUCUCCACCCAUUAAAGAGACCUGAGCCC